CUAUUUUUCUUUUCUUUUCAACGCGGACCAAAUAUCAUUUCCCCUUAACCCUGCAGUACACAGUGCACACCAAUUUUUCCCGCCCAAAAUUCUUGGUACCCAAAUUCCCACCACACGCGCCGCCGUCGGUGAAAGCGAAAAGCCUCUCCCGACGUGGGAAAAUCCGAUGGAGGGCAACGGUCACAGCAAAGAACUGGCGGCGUAUUUGCUAAAGAACCACUCGGAGCAGCUGAGUUCCAUUAUUCUCUCUCCUGAUCCUCGACUUCACUAUCCCCUCCUUGUCGAUUUUGCAGAGAUAAUGGAUGAUAAUCCAACCCUUUCUCAGUUCAUUUUCGCUAAACCCACAGAAUAUUUACCCCUUUUUGAUGAAGCUGCCGUCUGGGCUCAGAAAGUUAUUUUGGCAGAUCUUAAACAACAUGAAAACGCAAGCCUCAAGGACAACAUACAUGUUCGUAUCAACAUCAGUGGUUCUCCUCUUGAAUGCCCUGAGACAUUUCCCAGCAUUGGCCGCGUGAGGGUGAAGCAUCGUGGAAUGCUUCUUACUAUCAAAGGGACUAUAAUCAGGUCUGGAGCAGUGAAGAUGAUUGAAGGGGAGAGGAUAUAUGAGUGUCGGCGAUGUAAGCACAGGUUCAAGGUUUAUCCGGAGGUGGAAACUAGGAAUUCAAUUCCAAAACCAAUUUUUUGUCCCUCACAGAGGCCUAAGUUUUGUGAAAGCACAAGUUUUCAGCUUGUAGAAGACAAUAAGAUCUGUCAUGAUUAUCAGGAGAUUAAAAUCCAAGAAAGUACUCAGGUAUUGGGUGUUGGGGCUAUUCCUCGCUCCAUUCCUGUCAUUCUGAAGGAUGAUCUUGUUGACAUGGUUAAAGCUGGAGAUGAUGUGAUUGUCACUGGGAUCUUAACUGCCAAAUGGUCCCCCGAUUUAAAAGAUGUUCGCUGUGACCUUGAUCCAGUGCUAAUUGCUAACCAUGUAAGGAGAAUGAAUGAGCUAAAGUCAGAAAUCGAUAUCCCUGAUGAUGCUAUUCUGAAAUUCAAGCAUUUUUGGACUGACUUCAAAGAUACUCCUUUAAAGGGUAGGAAUGCGAUUCUGAAAGGUAUUUGCCCACAGGUCUUUGGACUUUUCACAGUCAAGCUUGCAGUGGCAUUGACGCUUAUUGGAGGUGUCCAACAUGUUGAUGCUUCUGGAACAAAAGUUAGAGGAGAGUCUCAUUUGCUUCUCGUUGGUGAUCCUGGUACUGGGAAGUCACAGUUUCUGAAGUUUGCUGCUAAAUUAAGCAAUAGAUCUGUCAUAACGACUGGGUUGGGAAGCACUAGUGCUGGAUUGACUGUUACAGCAGUUAAAGAUGGAGGAGAGUGGAUGUUAGAAGCUGGUGCACUUGUAUUAGCAGACGGUGGUCUCUGUUGCAUUGAUGAAUUUGACAGCAUGAGGGAGCAUGAUAGAGCAACCAUCCAUGAAGCAAUGGAGCAGCAGACUAUAAGUGUUGCAAAGGCUGGUCUGGUGACAACUCUCAGUACAAGGACACUUGUGUUUGGAGCAACUAACCCUAAGGGGCAAUAUGACAAGGAUCAGCGUAUCUUUUCUUUUGAUCUAGCUCUAUCUGUUAAUACGACGCUCUCUGGCCCGCUGCUGAGCAGAUUUGAUAUAGUCCUAGUUCUCUUAGACACUAGAAACCCAGAGUGGGAUGCUGUUGUUUCUUCACAUAUCCUUGCUGAGGCAGAAACAAAGAGCCACAGUUCUGAAGAGGAUCUUGGGAGUACCUGGGCACUUCCAAUGCUCAGAAGGUACAUCCAAUUUGUGAAGAGAUACUUUAGACCAGUCCUCACAAAGGAGGCAGAAAAGGUUAUCUCAAGCUAUUACCAACUGCAGAGAAGAUCUGUGACUCAAAAUGCAGCAAGAACAACCGUGCGCAUGCUGGAGAGUCUGAUAAGACUUGCUCAAGCACAUGCAAGAUUGAUGUUUAGAGAUGAGGUCACUAGAUUGGAUGCCAUCACUGCCAUCUUAUGCAUUGAGUCGUCCAUGACUACCUCGGCUAUAGUGGACAGCAUGGGGAAUGCACUGCACUCCAAUUUUGCAGAAAAUCCUGAUCAAGAAUACGCCAAGCAAGAAAAACUAAUCCUUGAGAAGUUGAACUUACUAGACGAAUUCCCUGAAGUAAUCAGCACCGGAAGCUCAAUAUGCUGAUGAAGUUCAAUCUGUAUCCUGAGAACAGGUACCCCUAUGCUCAUCAGCAAUUGCAGUCGAUUAACAAAAUCUGUAAAUUGAGAAGUGUGCAUACGGAAGUUGCAGCAUCUUGACUAAAUUGACUUCUCAUAUAUGGAAAUGCAAUUUCUAUACUGUUAGCUCAUGUAUCAUGUGCCAAUAUUCUUUUCUUUCUUAAUAUGUUACGUUUAUUGACAUUGGAGCAAAAGAAUUCAGAAUUAUUGUUCUUUUAUAACCAAUUGUUAUUUUAUUAAUCAACAAAAACAAGCACCAAACAACCUUGCUUGGAGUUUUUGUUUUC